AUGGAGUUGAGAGACAAGCUCGCGCCGGAUGAAAAGGUUGGCUGGUUCGUGGUUGUCUGUGGGGACGAAGAUCGCACAGAUACAGGCCUGGAAGAGGAGGAAGAGGAGGAAGCCUAUGCGACAAAUACGACAUUGCCGGUCGGGCUACCAGUUCGGGGAGCGGCGCAUACUCGACCGGUCACGUCCAAAGAAGGCGGCUAUAAUGGAGCUACGCCCGAGACUACCUACACCAACUACAGCGACACGACGAGUUCACGGCGUAGCAGACAAAGCAGAAAUAGCAGCGAAGUAUGCUUCAAGCCCAACAAGACACGGCUACCAGACAACCCACUAACAAACGUGCAGCGUACCCCUACCGUCACGACAGCACCAACAGCAAGUCCCAGUCUUGAGUCACCACGCGAGAAGAAAGGUCUACGCAAGAUGUUCAGUAUGGUGAGACAGAAGAGCAUGUCGAGUCUGCGUAGCAAGAAGAGGUGA